UGGCUCCUGGGCUGUGGAGCGGGGGGCGGGGCCGGAGGGACCUUUUGUUGGCGCGGCGGCGGGCGCGCCGGCGAGUCGGGCGGGGCCAUGUCGUACAUCCCGGGGCAGCCGGUCACCGCCGUGGUGCAAAGAGUUGAAAUCCAUAAACUCCGUCAAGGUGAAAAUCUGAUUCUUGGAUUCAGUAUUGGAGGUGGAAUUGAUCAGGACCCUGCUCAGAAUCCUUUCUCUGAAGAUAAAACUGACAAGGGCAUCUAUGUAACAAGGGUGACGGAAGGAGGCCCAGCAGAAGUUGCCGGACUCCAGGUUGGAGACAAGAUAAUGCAGGUGAAUGGGUGGGACAUGACAAUGGUAACUCAUGACCAAGCGAGGAAGAGACUGACAAAGAGGAAUGAAGAAGUGGUACGGCUCCUGGUGACCAGACACUCCCUGCAGAAGGCUGUUCAGCAGUCCAUGAUGUCCUAAUUAUGCAAUGGGCUUGGGGGUGGGGGGGCGGGCAGAGGAAGGGAUCUAUAGAGUGACACUCCCUUGUUCUAAGGAAGCAAAUACUAGACCUGAGUUGUUUGCAAACACUAGUGCUGCCUAACAAGGUAAACAUGCACCAUUUUUACUCUACUCUGAACUGAGAAUAGUAAAUUCUAGCCACUUCAGAAGCAAGUUUCUCUUUCAGAAAGGCUUCCAGUAGCAUAUGCUGCAGAAAACAGCACCUUACCCUACUGCGUAUGCAAAGCUGUAACACUGCAGUGGCAGGGGAAGUUAGCAGUUAAGAACAAGAUGCAAAACCCUAAAUACUUUUCUUAGGGAAGAAAGUGUGGAAAAAUGCAGUUAACUUAGUGGGAGAUGAUUCUCCUAUUGCUUAGCAUUUAAAGCUGUUAGCUGCUUCUGCAAAGGAGUGAAUGAUUAACAGGGGGAGAGGAGGUAGUGUUUACUGUAAGUUUUCAAAAUCUACUGUUAAGGGCUAGAUUUCCCUUGCUAGUUCAGGCUCAGGUUUAAGAUGCUACAUUUAAGUAAGUUUGUAGGAAGUCCAAUAAGGACAUCUCUACACUAUUCUUAGCAUCAAGUGCUAGCAAAAGUUAAGCAGAAUAUCUUGCAGUGCUUGAGGGAUAGUCUAUUGUCCUGAAGAGUUCAAUGCAAGAUUUUAGUCUGCUUCACCAAGCAACUUAUCAUAAAAGGGACGAGUUUGAACUAGCCGUUGGUGCAUAAACAGAUUAUAAUGGAAGCUGUGUGGGAUUUAGUAACAAAUUCCAAGACAUUACAGUUGCAAUGUCCCUCUAUACAAGACUGCUUCAUAAAAUACUUGGGAAACAAAGCCAGCUUUAACAUGCCAUAACUAUUGCAACUCUAGGGUUUAUGUUUUUUAAAAAAAUAGUGUAAUUGGGAAAGAGAUGGAAACGUUUGUCAUUGCUGAACAUACAGGAGACAUUUACAAAGUUCCACUUCCUCAUUCCACAUUUAGCAGAGAGAAUCUUCAAGUAGAAGGGGCAGCUGGUCUGUUUUGUAGGGGGAGACUUAUUUAAAUCUUGUAUUAAGUAGAAAUGUGCAAAUGAGCUUGCAAACAUCUAUUGUACCAAAAGUCCUAUCUCUGCACCUCUGGUAGGCAAGUGUAUGCUACCAAAAUCCUUCACAAAGGCCAAACUACAGAUUUGUAGGAGCUUUUGCAGAAAAGAUUCCUACAAAUCCUUAAAGGGUUUCAUACCCUUCAAUGAACCACAUUAACGCUUUAAGGCAUUGUACAGGCUAGCUUUAAUUACAAAUUCAAAAAAUUGUUUCAUCUUCCAGAACUAGUUUUAAUGACACUGUAUAUGACCUCUUUACUUCAACUGUCUUCAGACUAGUUAAAAAUUGUAACUUAUUACUGCAGUGCUAUUUAGGUUCUGACUUCAGUGACUUUUAUAAACUUGAUAAAUGCGUCUCAAAGAAUGUUCCACUCUGUAUCUCUACAUACCAGCAGAUGCCUCUUUAUACUUUUUUUUAAACCUUAUUCAGCAAUACAAAAAAUCCAAAAGGAAUUUGACAUUUAAAUUACAAAUCCUGUGGUAGUAAAUAGCUUCACAGAUAGGGCUUAUUUUUGUUUAUUGUAGAAAAAGUACACUAUUUGUACUGUGGUCUCUUGAUUUUACACAAUAAAAAGAAUUUAACAAAC